AUGCUACCCUUUCAACUGAAUUUAUUGACUUAUGCAGCUUUGCUGCAGCAAGCACAGCAGCAAACUUCACGGAUUCUUCAGAAUUAUAUCAAUGAUGCACGACCUGACGCUCCAUCAGCUCCACCGCAGUCCUCAAGAAGGGAAGAGCAGCAGCAAUCCAGAAGCGAAGAAGAGUCCCAGUCAUCGAGAAGACGAGAAGAAUCGCGGCCACCGAGAAGGCAACCUCAUCGACGUUGUGGAUUCAACUUAGAAGCGCCAAAGUUCCCUGCACAAGUAGAUCGAAGUCAACAAGGAAAACACCCGAUCCUGCGCUAUGCAAUACCAGGAAGUCCGUUGUGCUACACAUUCCAUCAUCUUCGCACGAACUCCACCUAUGAAGUAUACCGAUGUACGGGAUGCAAAUGCAUGGGAACAAACACAAUGAUAGCUGUAGGGGUUACUGUGAAAAUGAAGAUGUACAUUAAUAUUAAUGUCAAGGCGAUCAACAACGAGUUCCUGGGAGAUCCAUCUGCCUUGUCGCACGACUGCCUACCCGCAAAGAUCGCACAGGAUAAAGUGGAAAGACUGGUGGCCAUUAAAAGCCUAGACGAUAAAAGCUGCACUAUGGAUCACGUACCUCGCAUAUACUCCCACUUCUCCGAUGGCGAAAGAUUCCUGCAGUUCCAGACUCCAGAUCUGCAUAUGUAUUACUCAACCACAACCAUCGAAAAGGCGCAGAGGUUUGGGCUGUACGCACUUGUAGCGGACGGCGUGCACGAUCUCCAGCCCGAUGCAACAGCCAAAUGUGGACAGCUCUACACUGUGCACGGAGUAUGCAACGACACCAUGGACGCUCCCCUCCUGUAUGCCAUCACCACUACCAAGAACAGAGGACGUACGAGUUGA